AUGCAGUUCCUGUUGCUCUCGUUGACCAUCGGCGUCACUUUCGCCAACUACGUUUCUCAAAAUUCGGGCUACGAAGAUGCAGAAACUGGUCAACCUGGUCCUGCAAAUCCACCAACUUCAGAUGGUGGAGAUCAGCAAGCUUACAAUAUGGAAGGUGGGGCCCCUAUCGACAGUCCUCCUGUCGGUGGCGGUCCGCGAGGAAAGCCGCUCUCUCCAGCAGGAGGUAGUGGCAGCAAACCAAAACCUAUAGGAGCUCCUGUUGAGCCUCCACUC